AUGCCCACAGCUUGGGAGCCCAGCCUAGGAGUCUACGCACCAGCGCUGGAAGGGGAGUACUGGCCAUUUUCUGCUUCCGAUCUUUACAAUUGGAAAACCCAUAACCCCUGUUUCUCUCAGGACCCCCAGGCUCUGACUGGGCUGAUUGAGUCAAUUUUAUUGACUCAUCAGCCCACCUGGGAUGAUUGUCAGCAGCUUCUGCAGACCCUCCUCACUACUGAGGAAAAGCAGCGUGUCUACCUUGAGGCACGGAAAAACGUCCCUGGAGCAGAUGGCCGACCGACCCUACUGCCAAACGAAAUCGAGGAGGCGUUUCCCUUAACCCGUCCUGAUUGGGACUAUACCACCGUUGCUGGUAGGGAGCGACUUCGUCUUUACCGCCAGAUUCUCCUUGGGGGUCUCAGAGGGGCUGGAAAGCGCCCCACCAAUUUGGCCAAGGUACGUGCAGUAGUGCAGGGGGCUGAGGAAACGCCGGCAGGCUUCCUAGAAAGAUUAAUGGAAGCCUACCGUAUGUACACCCCGUUUGACCCCCUGGCAGAGGACCGGCAGGGAGAUGUAAUCAUGUCCUUUAUAGGACAGUCAGCAUCGGACCGCAAUAAAUUGCAGUGGCUAGAGGGGCUUCAGGGGUAUACUAUACAAGAUUUAAUGAAGGAGGCAGAAAAGAUUUACAACAAAAGGGAGACCCGAGAGGAGAAGGAGGAAAGGAUCCGCAAGGAGCAGGAGGAAAGGGAAGACAAAAGAGACAAAAGACAUAAUCGAGAGCUUAGUAGAAUUUUGGCCACCGUAGUGCAGGAUACAGAGAGGAGUAGACCAGGACAGAAUAGGGACUUGGGAGACAAGCGAAAGCCUCGGGUGGAAAGAGAUCAAUGUGCCUAUUGUAAAGAAAGAGGACACUGGGUCAAAGACUGCCCGAAGAAACCACAGGGACCAAAGAAGAGACCAGUUCCAAUCCUGUCCCUGGAAGAAGACAAUUAGGUGAGUCAGGGCCAGGAGCCCCCCCCCGAGCCCAGGAUAACCCUUGAACUGGGGGGCAGACCGGUAACCUUCCUGAUUGACACGGGAGCCCAGCACUCGGUACUGACUUCAGAAAAAGGGCCUUUAAGCUCCAAGACUUCCUGGGUUCAGGGGGCAACUGGAGGGAAGUUAUAUCGCUGGACAACCAAUCGAGAGGUCCAGUUGAGUACAGGACUUGUGACACACUCGUUCUUACUAGUGCCAGACUGCCCCUACCCCCUCCUGGGCAGGGACCUACUCUCGAAGGUAGGAGCCCAAAUUCACUUCCAUGAGAAAGGAGCUACCAUCACAGACUCAGGGGGGCGGCCCCUCCAGGUAUUAACACUACGCUUGGAGGACGAACACCGA